UUAGUGUUCUCUCUAAGUGAGAAUAUAUAUAUAACAACAUUCAAAUAAUAUUCUGAGUGUAUAUAUAAAUAUAUAUAUACAUACAUAUAUACAUACAUACAUACAUAUAUAUAUAUCUAUAUAUAUAUAUACACACACAGAUAUACACACACACAUACAUGCAUACAAGGCUUCAUAUUUAGUGACAUGUCAUUAAGCAUUUUACUUUUUCUCCUAAAUAUUCAACAAGUGACUGUUUUGUAAACACUAUGGAGUGUUUUAAGUUAUCUAUCCCACAGUGCGUACAUACAGACGAGAAAAACUCAGAUUGUCACAUUUGCAACAAGUCAUUCUCUCAAGAUAAUGCUUCGGAUAAAGAGAAGAUAUCUGCCGAAGUUAACAUACAACAUCAGGGUGACAUUUGCGGUAAAACUUUAUCUCAAAACACUGACUUGGAACACCAAAGACAAAUCCACUCUAAUGAAAAGCCAUAUCACUGUGACUUGUGUGGGAAAACUUACUCGGUAAGCAGUGGCUUGUAUCGUCACAAGCGAAUACAUACAGGUGAAAAACCACACCAAUGUGAAUAUUGUGGGGAAUCUUUCUCAUUGAGCAGUCAUUUGGCAAGUCACGAACGGAUUCAUACAGGAGAGAGACCUUACCAUUGUGAAAUAUGUGACAGACGGUUCUCUCAGAACAGUCAUUUAUUGACUCAUCGACGAGUGCACACUGGAGAGAAGCCAUAUGCUUGUGAUAUUUGUGAUAAAAGUUUCUCUCGCAAUAGUACAUUGGCCGAUCACAAACGAAUUCACACAGGAGAAAAGCCAUACAGCUGCGAAGUUUGCGGUAAAUCCUUCUCGGUGAAUAGCCAUUUGUAUCGACAUAGAUGGAUCCACACUGGGAAAAAACCAUAUCGUUGUGAAACUUGUGGUAAAACCUUCUCACGAAACACCACCCUGUUUCAACAUAGACGUACCCACACAGGAGAAAAACCAUAUAAAUGCCAGAUUUGCAGUAAGAAAUUUUCUGUUCGUAAUCACUUAGCGAGUCACGUUCGCAUUCACACCGGGGAAAAACCAUACCACUGUGAAAUUUGUGGUAAAAACUUCUCAGUGAAUAGCCAUUUACUCAAUCAUAUACGAAUACACACUGGAGAGAAACCAUAUCAAUGUGAAAUUUGUGGCAAAAAUUUCUCUGUCAAAUGCCAUUUGUCCAGUCACAUGCUUGUUCAUACUGGAGAGAAACCAUUUCGCUGUGAAAUUUGUGGCAAAAUGUUUUCCAGAAGUAAUAAUUUAUCUAGACAUAUACGAAUCCAUACUGGACAGAAUGCCAAGCCUGGAGAUUUAUAAUUGGAAGAUUCAAGGUAAACAAUUUUAAAAUUUACUAAUAGACAUUUGUGUUGGCUGUGAGUAAUGUGUUUUGAAUCUUACCAAAGACAUUGUACUUCAAUAUUUUGUUUAUCUACAAUUGAGGACAAAAGUAAAAGCAGCAAGGAUUACUGACACAAGGUGACGAAAUUUUGGUGGAGACUACAUAAUUGAUGAAAUCAACCCCAGAAGGAUUAAAAGCAUAGUUGACACCAUAUAUGUAUUUUGAACUCAGAGCACAUACACACGCACAUUGGGUUGAUGCAUAAUUGACAACAACUGUUUUAUUUUCGAAUAAAUUUAGAAUAAAAAAACCGUCAUUAAUUAUGCAUCCACCCAAUUUAUUUAUAUAUAUAUAUAUAUAUAUAUAUAUAUAUAUACAUACUGGAUGGGCCAAAAGUCACGCACAAAAUAAAAUCAACAUUAAGUAAAAUAAUGCUGAAUACACAUGUACAUGAAGAACAAAAUGAAAUGGUAAGACAAAAACUACAUUACCUGGAUAAUAAUGAUAGGUGAGAGAAAGAGAGAAAAGAAGGGCAAAAAGGAACUGUUUGUGAGUUUUUACCUGCACAUCUAAUUGAACCUGCAACAUCUAUUUACUGGCAGCGCAUUACUUUGGACAACAGCCUGUGGUUAGGGUGGCUGGUGUUUCAGAUGAUGUAAAAUUGACUUAACUCUUUUGAUACAAACUCUUUUGACAAUACUUCUUUAAAGCAAUCAUAUUUAAAAGACCAAUAAAAUUUUUAUACAACACCUU